UAACAAAAUUUGAAUAUGAAAAUAAAAUAAUUUUUGAAGCCCUUAAUUUGGGAAUCUUCAUUCAACUCUGUGAUCAAGCCUAAUCCUGCACGCUAACUCGUAUUUUCUUCUUAUCUUUGUGUUCCAGACGGAGUCAUCAUUGAGCUUGGUGUAGUGAAGUGUUUAAUCUGAAUAUUUAUUUACCAAUUCAUGGCGGAACUCAUAGGGCCUCGCUUGUACAGCUGCUCUAAUUGCAGAAACCAUGUCUCACUCCACGAUGAUAUAAUUUCCAAGGCUUUUCAGGGAAGAAACGGCCGAGCCUUUCUGUUUUCCCAUGCUAUGAAUAUUGUCACAGGGCCUAAAGAAGACAGGCAUCUCAUGACUGGCCUCCACACUGUUGCCGAUGUUUAUUGCGGUGAUUGCCGUGAAGUGUUGGGUUGGAAGUAUGAAAGAGCUUAUGAAGCGUCCCAGAAGUACAAGGAAGGGAAAUUCAUACUCGAAAAGUCAAAAAUCGUUAAGGAGAACUGGUAGCAUUCCUUUCUGUUCCACCAUCCAUUCGUUCCAGUCUUCAAUGUUUGUUCGUUCAUGCUUUGUGAUGUCAUCAUGUACAGGAAGUUCUUUCCUUCAACCAUUAAAAAUUUGUCAUUGUUUCCCCAACUUCAUUAUAUUUCCUCAUGUUAUGACCAGAAGUGAAAUUGUAAGAUAAACUGUUAAUUCCUUGUUAAUAAAAUUGUGUAUUCGUUUUCUGGUCUAUGAA